AUGGUGAUCCGGAUACUCGAUCAGAACGGUGAUACUGCUCCACUUGGCAAGCAUUGGAUCUCUAGCUUUCUACGCCGUAAUCCACGCGUCCACUCAGUCGUCGGCCGGACGAUCGAAGCUGCUAGGGCUAAGGCAGCAACGCCAGACGCGAUCAGAGCUUUCCUUGAGCUCUUCGAGCAUACGCGAUCGCGACUCAACGUCUGUUACGCCGAUAUCUAUAAUAUGGAUGAGACUGGGAUCGCGCUAGGCGUCUGUAGUAACUCUCAAGUAGUUGCUUCAGCUACUAAACGCAAGGCUUACGUCCAAUCGCCAGAAACGCGCGAGUGGGUAUCAAUUAUUGAGUGCGUCUCAGCUACUGGAGCUAAGUUAUCACCAGUGAUUGUCUUUAAGGGCCAAAAUCUUCAGUCAAGCUGGUUUCCAUCACAGGCUAUACCUGAGUGGUACUACACCACGUCAGCUAACGGUUGGACGUCUAACGAUAUUAGAUUUGAGUGGUUAUCACGGAUAUUUAUCACAGAAACUGCUGAUCGCGCUGCUCAACUACGCAAUCGACUACUAAUACUUGAUGGCCAUGGCUCUCAUAUUACUCUAGAAUUCAUGUGGGCUUGCUAUCAGCACUCUAUAUAUCUAUUAUAUCUGCCUGCUCACUCCUCUCACAUACUCCAGCCACUUGAUCUAGCUCCAUUCUCUGUCACCAAGUCUAGCUAUCGCGAUCAGAUCCGGGCCCUCGCUGCGCUCGACGACGCUGCACCAAUCAAGAAGCAAGCUUUUAUAUCAAUCUAA